GUAAUUUCGCAGCAAAACCUGCACUUCACCGAGGGCGAGGUUGAGGAGGAAGACGAAGACGAGGGUUGAAGUGCGUUUGUAGGAGAAUGGCGAGAUCGACGGGCGACGACGCUCAAGCUCUUUUCCACUCCCUCCGCUCUGCUUACGCGGCUACUCCAAAGAACCUCAAGAUCAUCGAUCUAUAUGUGGCCUUCGCCGUCUUCACAGCCCUGAUUCAGGUUGUUUAUAUGGCUCUGGUUGGCUCUUUUCCUUUCAAUUCGUUCCUGUCUGGGUUCCUUUCUUGUAUUGGGACAGCUGUCCUGGCUGUUUGUCUCCGUAUCCAAGUGAACAAGGAGAACAAGGAAUUCAAGGAUUUACCACCUGAGCGUGCUUUUGCGGAUUUUGUUCUCUGCAAUUUGGUGCUUCACUUGGUGAUUAUGAAUUUCCUUGGUUAAGUCGGAGCCAGGGGUUUUGCAGGACCUACAUAUGGAGAGGCUUUUGUGGAGUGAUUAACUAGUAGUUGAAUAAUUAGUUGUUGAUUCAUUGCGCUUUACGGGACUGUUGGGUACAACAAUGCUAGUGAUAUCUGAAUGACAGACUCAUUGAACUUGAGGAUUUGUGGAGUGACUGAAGAGCCGAAAUUUUAUGUUCGUGUUUAUGAAGUACACACAAAAAGUAUGAUUUUUCUUCUGCCAA